UCAUGUAGUCCAGUGGACGUAUCAAUCGCUGGCGACGUGGAAACAUGGAGGAGUGAAGCAGAAAUCGGGAGCCAUCGGUGGUAUUGAAAUUAGUUAAUAAUUACCAGACAACGUCCCGUCGAUAUAAAAGUUGGAGAAGAGUCGCUGAACAUCCGGGUAAAGAACACUCAUCAGGAAAGGGUGUCACUGACAUCAGUCAGUGAAAUCAUUUUAGAGGGUCCGGCUCUGUGCGAGAUGAGGCUCUGAGGAGGGCUGCACAGGAUCAGGAGAUGGGAGCCAACACUAGCCAGGUCAGCGACCUGUCGGAGAACGAGAGCCUCAGAACCCUGAUAGGAACUGAGUCCAUAUCUGAGAAUGACCCUUUCUGGAACCAGCUCAUCUCUUUCACCUUCACCAGUCCCACCAACAGUGGGGACUCAAAACUUUUGGAAGAAGCCGUCAUCCCGCUUGCCAAAACCUUCAUCGAGAACAAUCCCAGAACAGGAAACUUUGGAGCCCUUGUGAGAGUUUUCCUCGGACGCACCAAAGAGUUGAAAAUAUCCACAGAAUGCCAGGAUCAGCUGUUCAUCUGGCAGGCCCACAAUGCCCUCUUCAUGAUCCGCUGCCUGCUCAAAGUGUUCAUCAGAGAGAUGAGCGAGGACGAGCUGCAGUUACAGUUCUCCUACCAGGAGAGGGCGCCAGGCUCUUGCGAGUCCGGGGCCGAAGACCUUCUGGAGGAGGUGAUCUGCAACCUGGUGCAUCUGAUCGUGGAGGUGCCCCUGCUGGACAUCACCUACAGCAUACUGUUCGAGGCUGUCACCUCGCUCCUCGUCCUCCUGUCCUACCAGCUCCUCCGCAAGGAAAUCCUGAGGGAGGGGCUUGUCUACAAGCACCUGAUGCACGGGAGAUGUUUGGCCCUCACCAGCCGAUUGGUUAAGACCCUGCUUUACAACUUCAUCAGACAGGAGAAGUGCCCGCCCCCAGUCACCCACAUAUUCGAACCCCAAUCUGAGGGAGGAGGGCUACUGUAUGGGCUUGCCUCUGGAGUAGCAAGUGGGCUGUGGACUGUGUUUACGUUGGGCGGAGCCGGGAGCAAGCCAAACCCGGACCAAGAGCAGCACCCGCUGCCGCUGUCCAAUCAGAGCCUUUUGCUUCUGCUGGUGCUGGCCAACCUGACAGAUGGGCCGGACUGCCCCAACCCCUACAGACAGGCCAUCACUUCCUUUAAGAACACGCAGGAUACGUCCUCCAUCCCAUCGCCACACCCUCACACCUUCCAGAUCAACUUCAACAGCCUGUACACGGCCCUGUGCGACCAGCAACGGUCGGACCAGGCCACCCUGCUGCUCUACACGCUGCUGCACCAAAACACCAACGUGCGCACGUACAUGCUGUCGCGCACCGACAUGGAGAACCUGGUCAUGCCUAUCCUGGAAAUCCUGUAUCACGUGGAGGACAGGAACUCCCACCAUGUCUACAUGGCCCUCAUCAUCCUCCUCAUCCUCACUGAGGAUGACACCUUCAACCGCUCCAUUCAUGAAGUGAUUUUGAAGAACAUAACCUGGUACACUGAGCGAAGUCUGACAGAGAUUUCUCUCGGAAGCCUGCUGAUCCUGGUGGUAAUCCGGACUAUCCAGUUCAACAUGACCCGGACACGGGACAAAUACCUCCACACCAACUGCUUGGCAGCUCUGGCCAACAUGUCGGCCCAGUUCCGCUGCCUGCACCAGUAUGCAGCUCAGAGGAUCAUCAGUUACACCAGCCGCCACAUGCGGAGGUACUUGUUUGUGCUGGACAAUAUGUAUUUCCCUCGGUCCAGCUGCAGUCUGCUGGAGCACUGGCUGGUCACCAUGGGAGACGCAGGGGAGGAGAUUGUGCACUUGACUUGCUCGUUCAUUCUCAAGUCCUAUGCUUCCAGCCUGUUUGCACUGCUGUCCAAGAAGCACAACAAGGUUCUAGAGCAGGCUACGCAGUCGCUGAGGGGACCACUGGGGUCAGACAACAGCGCCGCCCUGCCUGACUAUGCUCAAGAUCUGAACGUGAUUGAGGAGGUCAUCCGCAUGAUGCUUGAGAUAAUCAACUCCUGCCUGUCCAACUCCCUGCACCACAACCCCAACCUGGUCUAUGCCCUGCUAUACAAGAGGGAGCUCUUUGAGCAGUUUCGCUCUCACCCGUCUUUCCAAGACAUCAUGCAGAACCUUGACACGGUGAUAGGAUUCUUCAGUGCUCGUCUGGAGCAGGCAGGAACAGACCUGUCUGUGGAGCGGGUUCAAGAGGUCAUCAAGAAAGGAGCUGUGGCCCUGCCCAAAGACCGCCUCAAGAAGUUUCCAGAGCUGAAGUUCAAAUAUGUGGAGGAGGACCAGCCCGAAGAUUUCUUCAUCCCAUAUGUCUGGUCUCUCGUCUUCAACUCCGGGGUGGGCCUUCACUGGAGCCCACAGGGUAUUGAGCUCUUCAGUAUGGACUCCGGCUGAGUGUGUCUGUGUAUGUAUCCAUCUGCUUGUGUGUGCACUUGCUUAUGUGUAUGGCCAUGUGUCAGCAGAUCUGCACUCUGGUGAUAUCUGUGCAUGAGUGUACACAUUUGUGCAUCUACAAGUGUGCGUGUGCGUGUGUAAGAGAGAUAUAGAAGCGUGUCUGUAAGUAGCUUUGGAAGUGCCUCCAUCCAAACCCAACAGAGGAGUUUCUGGUCAUUCUGUUUCUGUUCUGUUUGUCUUCCUUCAAAGCGCUACUGCGCAGUUUUUCCUGUACAUAUUGAAGACUGUCCCACGCGCUUUCUUGGUUUUGGCUGUUAUCAGCAGAAAGUUUGUAAAGUAAAGAAGGCACCUCCACUGCUGUAGCAUUGGGAUUUGAGGGUAGAGAAACGUGCAGCCGCACUGAAUUAUGGGUACAAUGUAAUAACAUGGCGACGGCUAAAUCAGUAUUUUAAAAGCUUUUCUUCCCUGCUUUCAUGGAGCCCGAUUGUAGAAAACUGUUCCAGAUAUUUAAUUGAGAAAUUAUUUGGGUUUCUUCCUAACCUGUAGACAGGAUUUGUUUCCAAGAGGUCCCCAAAAAAGGGGAUGUACAUAAGACAGAAAAAAAAAACAUUUCUGUCAGCAGAACUCCUUUCACAAGAUUGCCUCUGAAGGUCUUGACGUUGUUCUCCUCCGUUCCCCACAUAAAAAGUGCUACAAAAUUGUUUUGGUAUUUUGGUUUAAUGGAGAGAGAAAUGAAAUUCAAGCCCAGCCUUUCAAGGACUGGAUUCAUUUGUAAAGCAGCUCAUUUGUACGACACAACUCAAGGGCAAAUUUCAUCAUUAUUGCAUGGCUGCGAACCAAAACAUACACAUUGUACUGUUGCAUGCUAGCUAAAACAAGUCAGCCCAAUGUUUUGAUGUGCACAAUCUUUUUUUUUUCCCCCACUCUGUUUAAAAAUUUUAUCUGAUUUUUUUUAUUUUAUUUAUUUAUUUAUUUCCAAUUAGGAGUUGUGAUGUUAGAACCCCAAAUAAACAUUUCGGAUUCCAUCAGUAGAACCAACUAGAAUUGGCUUUUCCGCAUAGAACUUCAUUUGAGUUUAUGACUUUUAGGACACAAUAGGAUGAUUUGUAGCAACUGGGAAGUGUGGAUUUUUUAAAAACCAAUAGGAGGGCAGACAAAUGUGUACAAAAUGUACAUUUGAUGGUUACCUACACAUUUAACAUUAAAGUGAUCCAAUUACCAUAUAGUUCAGGGAUUGCAUGAAUGUUUAGACAAUUACAAACAGCAUGUUUGUUGCAUUAUCCCAUUUCUUCUUCCCAGACAAUCUGGAAAGAAGACAUUCUUUGUGAUUUUGGAUAUUUUCUUAUGUCUUGUUUUACUUAAAAAGAAAAAGAGGGAUGUGGUGCAUUUAUUGUAUACAUUGUACAAUAUGAUAUGUAUGCAUUGCCUUAGCUAAAAAUAUGAGGCUUGAGGUGCUGUUAAGGGGAAAGGGGUUGCAGUUUCUUUUCCCUGCAGGCUAUAUUCUGAUACUGGGUUGCAAACAUUACUGUUACACAACAGAUCCCUGCACAAGUACUAUGGAGUAAAAUGCUUUUCUUACCAAUUUCUUAUUUGGUGGUGUGUUUAUGGACUGAGAUAAAAAGAUGUUUUAUUUAUUUUACAAGCUCAUAUGCAGCUGAAGAAAGGCCGAAGGAAGGCUUUGCAUGUACAGACAUAACUCUGGAAUGUUACUUUACUCUCAGGUAACAAAAUGACACAAAAUAAUAUAUUUUACAAAUUAAAAAGACUAGGCUUAAAUUUGAGAAUAUGAGAAUAUCUUCCCCAAAGCCUCUUCCUGCUUACAAUGCAAUGGUUAUCUUCCCCUCUGUGUAAACCUAUAUCAAUAAAAAAUUAAAAAACCAAUAAGAAAAA